AUGAAGGUCUUACCUAGGCUACUGUUCAUCACGGCAACAGAACCUACGUUUCUAAACAGCGUGGGUGUUGAACUCAAGCGGGUCCAGUUGGGUUUCACCCCUACUAUCGCUUGUCCGGUUUUGGAUCUUGAUGAUAGGCGCCUACUGAGGGAGACUCAAGGCUCACAGAGCUUCCCCAUAGCGCCAGGGCGAUCUCUGGGAGAUAUCAGCUGUUCUGCAGCAAGUCUUCGCUUUUCGUGUUGGGUUCAUCAUCGAGCUGGCAUGCCAGUGAGAGAAGGGUGUGCGGAGGGAGAGAUAAGAUUGUUUGGCGCCGCACCUGCCGUCGUCGUGCUGAGCGCUGAACCUUCACCUGCUAAUUCACACUUUGGUUCUGUCCCAGUGUCUGUGGGACGCAAAAUGUAUAGACCAUUUGAGACGCGAACACAAUUUCUGAUUUCCAACGCAGAGAUCGGGACCCUGUUUACCCACGAGCUGCUCGACUCAGAGAAUGAUUCGUUAAAUUUCUCCGAUAUCCGGACCUCUCUACCCAAGCUCUUUAGCGCUAGUGGGAAACGAACCGCAGAGGUGAAGAUUAUGGAGUUCGUAUUGGAUACGACUGGGACUAUGGAAGUUAGGAGGGAAGGGAUACCGCCAUCAACUACGAUGUGGAUUAUACAUGCCGGACUUUGGCAGAACGAGUACCCGUUGUCCAUGCUGCGACUCGUAGGACAUUAUACAAUAUUCUCCCGUGCAAGUGGUCGGUUAAUCAUUAAAACACUCACAAUAGUAGUCCCGAAGAGAGACUACGACUUGGUGGAGAAGCGCCGAUGAGAGGCCGGAUGCCAAAAGAACAGAAGUUUGCACACCACUGAAAGGCGGCAACUAUGGAUAUCACAUUAAAAACGACCCCAUUUGGACGUAUGAUUUGUGGGAAAAAGCUAGGAAACGGGGCCGUACCAUUUCCCGCGUCCUAGGAUUGUUUAGGAGAGUCGAUAUAUCAGUCUCCGGGUUGGUUGGCUUGCCCUGCCUACUAGUUGUGUGGGCAGAGGAAACAUACUAGUGCUGGAUUCACGUGAAAGUUUAGACUUG